AUGACGGUGGAAAUAUCGCAACUCACUAGCGAGGAACUGCACAUCAUGCGAACGGCUUUCAACAUUUUUGACAGAAAUGAUGACGACCAAAUCGAUCAGGCGGAAUUCGGCAGCCUGAUUCGCGCCAUCGGCUUCAACGCCAGCAAUCACGAAAUUCAGGAAACCUUGAAGAAAUUUGACAAAAAUAAGGACGGGGUGAUCGAUUUCCAGGAGUUUAUUUCCAUGGCGAAACAUUUCGAGGGUUGUUCAAAGGACGACAUGGAACAAAAUUUGAGACAGGCUUUUAGGGUGUUUGACCGUGACGGAAAUGGCUAUAUUUCUGCUGAAGAAUUGCGUUACGUGGUCACCACGUUUGGAGAGGUGCUUACUAACGAGGAGGCGGAAGAACUGAUCGCAAUGUUUGACAAAAAUAAAGACGGUCUACUGGAGUAUGAAGAGUUUGUGACCUGGGCUAAAAAUUCUUUGGCAGACUAUCUCAAAUCUUUGUAA